GUGAGAGGGACUUGAGAUGCCAUGGUGCGAGUGGCAGUGGUGGCUUUGAGCGGCGCCGUGCUCCUGGAGGAAGAUCUCCCUGGUGACUGCUCUGUGGGUGAGCUCAAGGCCAAGCUGCAGCCCAGAUGCGGAGUUGUUGCGAACGAGCAGCAGCUGGCCCGCGGCUCCGACAUCUUGGACGAUGGAUCGUUUCUUGGAGAUCUGGCGGAGGAGGCCCUUUGCCUCACCUUUGUGCGCUCGCUGACUCGCAUGGUGCUCAGCGGAGGACGCGAUCGCAAGCUCUCUUUGUGGGACCUCAAUCGCAGUGAGGCAGACUGCGAUUUUGAGGGCCACGCGCAGGCUGUGCGCUGCCUUGAAGUGGACUGGCAAUCUCAGCGCGCCUUGAGCGGCAGCGUUGAUGCAUCGCUGCGGCUGUGGGAUUUGGCGCGAGGAGGCCACCUGCAAUUGUGCGGACAUGAUGAUUCAGUGGAGUGCCUGUCCGUGUGCUGGGAUACCAACUUUGCCCUCAGUGCCAGCUUGGACCGUAGCCUCAGGAUGUGGAACGUUCUGAGCGGGGAGGUGACGACAGAGCUGCUGGACCUUCCUAGUCACGCCCUUUGCCUGGAAAUGGACUGGGUUGAGCACCAGGCGCUUUGUGCUUGCGCUGACGGCUCGCUGCUUCUUUGGGGGAUUCCAGGGGUGCAGCGCGCAGAGAAGCAGCAUCUAGCGCGACGACUAGUGGCGAACUGGCCGGACAUGCAGGCGAUCAUGGGAUGUGUGGAUGGCCGAGUGAUGAUUUGGGACCUUCGCCUGUUGCAGGUACUGAAGACUCUUGCUGAAGAACAUCCGCAGAUCAUUUGCAUGUCAGCAGUGCCGAACCUUUCAGAGCUGGCCAUUGGCGCGGCCGACGGCAGGCUCUACCUUUGGAGUUGCCGCGGCGGCGCCACUGCGCCGUCAAAGAUCAUGGAUGCGCAUAGCUCCCCUGUCCGGGUGCUCGACGUGGACUGGUCUGGCCGUAGCGCGCUCACAUCCGGCGAGGAUGGAGUCCUCAAGUUCUGGAACCUCACGAUGGGGCAGUGUUUGCGGGCGCCCUGGCAGAG